AGAAGAAGCGUCUAACUAAUGUGAAUGUUUUUGUACGCAAAGGCGUCAUCACCUGCGUCCGAAUUGUUUUGUUUUUGCUAUAGUUACCCGGUGUACGUUUGGUAAAUGUUGUUGUGUUUUCAGUUUCCAAUAUUAAAUUCCCCAGGGUAUUACACAAGGAAUCAUGAAGGUCUUAUUGCUAUGGAUGUCCGCUACGUUUUUUGUUGGUACAAUCAGAGCAGAUGUUGACGUUGUGGAUACUGAAGUGGAUAAUGGCUCUGAAAGGGCAUUAAAAUGUGAUGCGUGCAGAGCAGUGGCAUUCAAGUUUUCAGAAUAUUUCCGGGAAGCUCAAGGAGAUCUUUUGUUAACUGCAUCAUUGAAAGAGGAAGACAUUGUGGAAGCAGCAGAGGCCACUUGUGAUGAUUCAUGGGAAGGGUAAGUAGUUGUAUGGUAUCUUGCUUUUGUUAAUCUGAUUAAAGUUGCCAUUCUCAUUCUUAUGUUUAUUGUUCAGUAGUGUAUAGUAGUGUGUCUUCCUUCAGAGUGUAGUUGGUCAUUUUUGUAUUGUAUGCACCCUGCAUACUCAGAGAAAUGAUCUGUAUGCAUAAAAAUGGUAAUAUAAAAAACAAACUUUAUAUAAGUAACUUACCAAGUAAUUACAUAGCUAUAGUUUUACCUCACACAGCAGCCUAAAUUUUGAAAUUUGCAGUAGCAUUUUUUUUUUUUCUGUAGGUGACUAGCACCCCCUCCCCCCACCAUUCAGAGAAAGCAAGGAACAACUCAGGACUUCGUGACAGAGAUUUUCAACAAGACAGUGGCAGUCCAAUCGGACAACACCGUGGCCUUGUCUUACAUCAAGAAGCAGGGUGGGAUUCACUCUUUCUCCCUCUGCAAGGCAGUGAGGUCUCUGUUCUCUGCCAGACCAGAAUCAAACCAAGAUUCUUACAAGGUUUAUUCAAGGUGGAUUGAACAUGUUGGCAGGCAAACUCAGCCGUCACAGAAUGGACCCUGGAUCUGUAAGUUGGCUCUGACCUGUGGAAACAGUGGAGAAGACUGACCCAGGACCCUCUGACUUGGGUGAUAGACGCCAUGUACAGGACUGGUUGGAUAAGGACAUGUAUGCAUUCCCACCAUUCAGCAUGGAGCGCCUCAGUGGCGUGGUUGGUUUGGUGUUUGCUUCUCACCUCGGUGGUUGCUGGUUCAAUUCCCGGCCAUUCCAUUGAGGAGUGAGAGAUGUGUAUUUCUGGUGAAAGAAGUUCAAUCUCGACGUGGUUCGGAAGUCGCGUGAAGCCGUUGGUCCCGUUGCUGAAUAACCACUGGUUCCAUGCAACAUAAAAACACCAUACAAACAAACAAACAAACCAUUCAGCAUGGUAAAGGAAGUUUGGUUCAUGAGACUUACCUGUCAGAUAUAUAUAUAACUGUAUUCUCCGAAGUCUGACAGAAUUUCAAAACUUAUGACACACGCAGUGGGAGGCCAGGUGGUUAGUACCUAUUCCUGCCGCUGGGAGGCGGGUAUUGGAUAAGAUGUCUGGUUCUAGUUCUGCUAGUUUCAGAGUAUGUUGUGUGGAAGAGUGUAAGGUGAGGCUACCGAAAGCUUCGGUAGACCCUCACACCGGUAUGCACGAGGUGUAGGGGGCAUGUAUGUUUGAUUAAUGAUCGGUGUAAGGAGUGUGAGAGUUUGUCUGAUUCCGGUUGGAAGACGUAUGAUUCCUAUGUACGUAAGUUAGAGCGGGACAGGAUCAGGAGGUCUUCCUCCAGGAGUGUGUCAGCGAGCAGAAGUCAGUGUAGUGAUUUUUCACUGUAAUCAUGGAUUCCAUCCGUAACCUGGAAUCUAAAGUGCUCGCUCUUCAAAGUGGUAUGGUGAAGUGCAGUGAUGGUGUUAGUGCCCCCAGUGUUGUGGAGGGGGCGUCAGAUCGGCCCUAUAAUGCCUCUAGGCCUGGACCUAUGUCGGACUCCCAGGACUCACAAAGUGGGCAAGUCGAAAGCUGAAGGAGGGUUACGAGGGCUCCCCACCGAUCUGGCGUCCCUUCGGCAGGUCCUGUUGACGCUUCCCAGGCUGCCAAGGAUCGUGCUCGUGCACGGAUCCUUAAGGAUUGCUUCUCGUCCUCCGAGGCGUCCUCCCCGCGCAAGGGGUGGAGCUCUCGGAAGGACUCUCGCCCUAUUAAGAGAAGCUUCAGAGAGGAGGAUGCUUCACGUCCUCUUUCUUGAGAUGUGUUUCGGUCGUCGCCUGAAAGUUUUGACGCUUUCCCGCCGCAGAAGAGGACCAGGACGUCAUCAGAGGAUGACGCUGUUGAGCGCCCCAGUCGCUCGAGGGAUAGAGCUGUCGCUUUUCCUGUGAGAAGGAAGAAGGCGUCCCCUCGCCCCUCGUCUUCCCACAGGAUCAGCCCUUUCCCUGAGAAGGAGUCUUCUCCUACGAAGAGUAUUCUCCUUGGUAUGCAGCAGCAGUUGGCCUCGUUUCUCGCCAAGAGAAGGGGCAGGUCAAGAGGUCCAAGCAGUCCCCCUCUCCUUCUCCUCGUUCGUCUCCAUCUUCUGCUUCGUCGCCCUCUAGAUCUUGUUUGCCACCUCAGCGCUUGUCUAGAGGUCUUGAUGAGCGUCACCCCAGACACUCUAGACCGUAAGGCUCUUCUUAGCAGGGAUCGCCGAUCUUCUUGUCAUGACGCUCCUCGCGCUCCCCUUCGUGACGCUCUACAUGCUGCUCAGCAUGACGCUCCUCAGGCAGCUCGCUAUGACGCUUCUCUUGCUGCUUCUGCUCGUCGGGACGCUCAUCAGGAUGCUCGUCAGGACGCCCCUUUCGCUGAUCUUCGGGACGCUUCAGAGGCUGCCCUUAAGGAUGCCCGGCCUUGUUCUGUGAGUUCUUCUUCGAAGGGGAGGUCCCUUUUGCGUGCUGGGCCUCAAGGUCUUAGAACUUCUCGCACGUUAAAGGACUCUUCUGUUGCUUCCGUUGAAGAGGGAGAGUUAUCGGGUUUGUCGGAACCUGCGGAUGAAGAGCAGCCUUCUACUUUGUCAUCUUCGGAUUACCAGGUUUUGGCCCGCCUUCUGAGGGACUUGUUUGGAGACAAGUUCCAACCCUCUGCCCCUCGCUCUCCUCCUUCGCAGUUAGCUUCAUCGAAGACGAGGAAAACGCCAGGAUUUGUUAAGAUGUCCACGUCCCUUUCUACGAAGAGAGCCUUCAAGAAAGUUCACGACUGGAUGGAUUCCAGGAAGGCCCAGGGCAAGACUUCUUUUGCCCUGCCUCCAUCGAGGUUGAGUGGAAAGGCGGGCAUUUGGUAUGAGACAGGAGAGGAGGUUGGCUUGAGAGUUCCUUCCUCUUCCCAGGGAGACUUUGUCAGCCUUGUGGACGCUCCAAGGAGGUCUUUCCUUUCUUCGGCGAAGGUGUCGUGGACUCUUUCGGAGCUGGACCAUCACCUGAAAGGUUUGUUUAGAACUAUGGAGGUAUUCAACUUUCUGGACUGGUGUUUGGGAGCCCUGGACCUGCAGUCUCGGAGUCCGGACUCGAUUUGUCUUGAAAAGAUGUCCAGCGUUUUGACGUGUAUGGAUAAGGCUGUCAGGGAUGGUUCGGAUGAACUGGCUUCCCACUUUUAUACGGGGCUUCUGAAGAAGAGAGCCUUGUACUGUAACUUCACAAUGAAGUUGGUUUCUCCUUCUCAGAGGGCAGAGUUGCUGUUCGCCCCUCUGUCGAGCCAUCUGUUCCCUCAGUCUAUGGUUAAGGAUCUCGCCGCCAGCCUGCAGGAAAAGGCUACCCAAGACCUCCUGGCCCAGUCGUCCAGACGUCCAGCAGCCCCUUCUACUACUCCAAUUGGACAGGCUUCCAAGAAGCAGAAGCCCUUUUGUGGAGGAGCUUCCUCGAGAUCGUCUCCUCGAGGAAGAGGUCUUCAUAGAGGCAGAGCCCCUUCCAAGCUCAGGGGUAAGAAAUGACGCGUCGGACCUUCAGACACCAGUUGGAGCCAGGCUUCUUUCCUUUGCAAAACCCUGGAGAGCGAGAGGGACGGACAGCUGGUCCCUCGAAGUCAUCGAAAAGGGAUACAAGAUCCCAUUCCUUGAACCUCCUCCGUUGUGCACGACGCCCAGGGAUCUGUCGCCCUCCUACCAUCAAGAGAAGCAGCAGAUUCUUUUCGAUCUGUUCAAGCAAAUGCUCGAGAAGAGAGCUGUGGAACAGGUCCUAGAUUUAGAAUCCCCAGUUUGUUCAUGAAACUUAACCGGCAGAUAUAUAUAUAGCUGUAUUUCUCCGAAGUCCGACAG